CCGUGCGCCACGGUUUGCUCGCACAGGUAAUUGCAGUUACGUUAGCAGUGACCACUGUGGUGGGAGGAGAAACCGGGACGGCGAGCCUGAAAAACGCGUUUGGUAACGCGUCGGAUCCUUUGGGCUUCACUCUGCGCUCUGCAGCCGGAGCGGCCCGUCAGGUCACGCGCGCUCCCGCGGGCCACGCCAGCGUUGCUCUCAGCCUUCCCCGCACUCUGGUGCCCGUUUUAGUCGAUUUUAUCCGAGCGGACGGUGACGCGGGGCUUGGAGAUGGACGGCGGCGCGCUGAGGCGGCUGGAGAGGAGCAGCCACACGGCGUUCAUCCACAACAACACGCUGUACGUGUGGGGAGGCUACCAGGUGGUCGCCGGGGAGGACGUCAUGUUGCCUGGUGACGAGAUCUGGCUCUGUGACCUGGACAGUGGCACAUGGGAGCAGAGGAGCAUCACCGGUGACAUCCCAUCAGACUUGUCAGGUUUCUGUGGCUCUCUCCUCAAUGGGAUGCUCUACAUCUUUGGGGGCUGUGACCCCAGUAGCUACUCCAACCAAAUGUUCCGUCUCAACCUCACAGAGCAGAGCUUCUCUUGGGUGAAGGUGAUCGGCACCAAGGGGACGACGCCGUCGCCGCGGAGCAAACACUCCUGCUGGGUGCACAGAGACCGAUUCAUCUACUUUGGUGGCUAUGGAUGCAAAACCAUAGGGGAGGUGCAAAACACACCGUCGUCAAAUUUUGUCGUGGAAGAGAUGUCCUGGACGACAAUUGGAAACACGAUCUUCAGGUGCUGGGGCUGGAACAACGAGGUCAAUGUGUUUGAUACGCACUCGGCCACGUGGACCAUGCCGGAGACCCGCGGUCCUGCUCCUUCUCCCAGAGGCUGCCAUGCCAGCGCCCUGCUAGGAAACAAAGGCUACGUCUGUGGCGGCUGGGAGGCAGCAGAGCUGGACAUGUUCUGCUUGGACCUGGACACCUGGACCUGGACUCAAAUAGACUCACCAUCGCCCUGCGUUCCCCUGGGCCGCUCCAUGCACACCAUGACAGCCGUGUCCCAUCACAGCCUCUUCAUAUACGGAGGCCUGGGCGUAGAUGGAAACACUCUCAACGACGCCUGGGAGUUCAACGUACAGAAGAAAUGCUGGAACAAGUUGAGGCAUCCACACCAGGAUAAGCCCAGGGUCUGUCACACGGCGUCCCUGGGGAGCGACGACGACGUGGUCGUGUUCGGGGGAAGCAGCAACCUGCGCAUCCUCAUGGACUCGGUGGCUGUUCUCAGGGCUCCAACACAAACUCACUGCAGAGACGUGAUCAUAUUUCAGACGCAGCCGUACUCUCUGUUCAGGUUGUGUGAGGACUUCAUAGGGAAAAACUCUGAGCUGUUUGCGAAGCCCAUAAAAUGGUUGCCGUCAAAACUGAGAAGCAAAGUUGAGAAGAGAGUCUCCUUUUUCUCCAACAUGAAGCCUGUCCCUACGACUUGAAGUCAGACUGUAGUCAUUGACUACUUUAAAUGUGAGCUGAUGUUUAAUUUAAAUUAUGGUGCUGAAAGUGCAUGGUUUUAACUCUCACAACUAAACACACUGUAAAUAAAGUGUUUUCUUAUUUUUAGAUAAACAGAUUUGGUCAGUGAAACUUUUAGUCCAGUGAUUUUUGAUGUUUUGAAAUUUGUUGAAUAAAAUUAUUGUUUACAUGUCA